AUGGCUAAAACCAAAAAAGUUCCUUCUUCUCAAUCUACAAAAUGUCAACCAACCCUAUCAACUUCUUCACCUACUCAACUAUCAAGAUUCCAAACUGCACCAUCAAAAUCAUCUACACCUACCCAACUACCAAAAUUCCAAUCAUCAAGAUUACCUGCACCUACCCGACCACCAAAAUCUCAAAUCACACCAUUAUCUAUUUCUUCAAUUCGGUCACCUAAUUUACCAACCAGAUCACCUGUUUUACCUUCGAGUGUAUCUCCUCUUUCACUUCGAAGCUUGGAUAGAGAAUGUAAUACAUUAUCUAUUUCUUCAAUUCGGUCAUCUAAUUUACCAACCAGAUCACCUGUUUUACCUUCGAGUGUAUCUCCUCUUUUACCUCUAAGCUUGGAUAGAGAAUCUGAAAGUCAGCAAGAAUUAGUUGAUGAGACUGGUGAAACAUCAACAGCUACGCAACAAAGACCUACUAUACAAUUUAAAAAUGACAAAGAACGAAAAAAUAAGGAGAUUUUUUUUUUAUUGAAUGAAAGAGAAGACAAUUAUAAUUUAGAUCUUAAUUCUAAAUGGGUUGAACAAAAAGCCCAGCUAGCAAAAAAUACCAUUCCUGUUCUCCUUGAAGUUUUUCAAAGUCGAUAUAACACAAAUAGAAAUGAAAUAUCAGAUAUUUUACAACAAAGGCAUAAAUCAAAAAGAAUUUUGAAAUCAGUUCGAAAAGAUAAAGUUCGAUCUAAUCAUUUUGAUAAGAGAAUUCACAGAUACACUUAUCAAUAUGAAGUAAGAAUUUUAUUUAAUGCUGCUCACAACAAAAAUGUUUCAUCGCGCAGAGGCACUCAGAAACUUCAUUCAAAAAAAGACAACCGAAUUAUGUCUUUUGAUUUGGCUGAGAUGAAAGAUAUUAUAGGAACUGGUGCUGUUCAUUCGCCUGAAUUGUCUGAUUCAGACAAUGAAAUAGAUGAAAAAGAAAAUGUAUACGUUAGUGUAUGUGAUUUAUCCUGGAGAUUAGAAAAGUUAUGUGAAUUACUUCAUAAUGUUUUUGAUACCACCGUGGUUUCUAAACAUGUACGACCACGACGACAUAGAUCUUUUAUAUUAACUGUAUCACUACCCGAAGAACAUCUGAAGUGA